UCGGCACUCACCACCCCACGUCUCGUUCCCGGCUUUGUUCACUUCCAGUCUGGCACCACAAGACUGCCAACCUGCGCUUCCCCGCUGUUCCCGGACUUCGCACCAAACAGUCGCCCUUUCGACCGCCACGGCCACUUUCAGCCCUCAAUACUUUUCCGCAUUCUGACAUUGUGAACAUCGCGCGAUAACCCGUUAGCUACGUGUGCUAACAUUCGGUGCCGGGUUCCGGCAUUUUCUCCGCUGCCCCAGCGACGCGCCGCUUUCCGACGUCAUCCAUCCCCAUCAUUGAACGACGACAGCCAGACUAGACAGGAGCUAGGCCAGCUGCAUCUGACCUUCACUGCAAAAUGAAGUACCUAUCACUGCCAUCAUUUGACGUGGUGACGAGCGCCCUCAAUUUCGACACGCCGGAUUGCCAUGUCACAGGCAGCUGCGACCUUUAUACGACCAAAGCUGCCGGCUCUGACAAGAAACUCUACAAAAAUAUCCAGCAAUCACUCCAAUCGCAACAUGACGCCCUGCUCAAAUUCGGCGCGUCGCUCUCACCGCCCCAGCGCGAUUCCUUGGCCGCGAGCCUCAACCUGAGUCGCUCGUCGCCGUUCGGCUCGUUCGAUGAGGUCGCGAACCGGCGCACGUUUGCCUAUCUCAUCGCCACGCUCAAUGCGUCGCAUCCCGACUACGACUUCUCCCAUGUCCUGCGGCCGGCCGACUUCAAGCGCGAGCGCGUACUGCGGCGCGUCAUGACGCAAAUAGACAGCACUCUCAGCAGCGUGCGCCCCAACUCGACCCUGCUCGACGUCGCGAUACCACGCAGCUCCCCGGCGAAACUGACCGACUUUAACACGGGCAUAUCGACGGCGCCCGCAUGGGGCCCGCAAAUGUGGUCUAUGAUCGACAAGGAGAUGAUGCUCAAGGACUGCAGCAUCUUCUCUUAUCAACCCGCCGACGAUCCGUUUGACGAGGAGGAGGGCGCCAUUUGGGCUCUACAUUACUUCUUCUUCAACAAGGCUCUCAAGCGGGUAUGCUACCUCUAUGUGAGGGGCGUACCCGUCAUGAGCCACAGCCCACGGGUGAGGGCGCACUCGGCCCUGUCACGCAAGACAAGAGCCAGCCUUACGGGGCUUGGUGAAGAGGACACGGACGACCUGGGCGCCAACAAGCGCGCUCGGUACUGGUUGGGGGAUAAGUUUGCCGAGCGCAUCACGGCGAGCGAUGAUGACAUGGACGACGGGCUGGUAUGGAACCGCGAUGCCGAUGGCGAUGUGAAUUGCCAGUACGACGACGAUGACUACGACGAGGAGGACGAGUUUGAGGAGGAAGAGGACGGCCCGGGCGCUAUGGAUACCGACGAGGCCGAGGAUGACAAGCGUCGCGUGAGGGGCGUCAGCGAGGAUAUCGCUGCGAGGAUGGAAAUCGAUGUCUGAACAUGCUUUUCCCCUUUCUACUGCGGCUUCCCGGCCCUCUUGCCCCGUCGUUGGCCUUCCUUUCGAUCGGCCUGACCGGACUUGGCAUCCACAUGCCGGCGCACGCAGCGGCCUGGACGGAGGCAAUGAC